ACUCUCAGCAGUUUUGGGCGAACCAGCAGUCGCUGCUUCCUAGUUCAGUCAGGAUGGCAGCAUCGGGUCACUUCCCGCUGCUGGUCGAGGGCUCUUGGGGCCCCGACCCCCCGAAGAACUUGAUCAACAAGUUGCAAAUGUACUUCCAGAGCCGUAAGAAAUCUGGAGGAGGGGAAUGCGAGGUCGUCCCGGAUCCCGGGAACCCGGCACGCUUCCUAGUGCUCUUCUUCCCGGAGGAUGGUGAGGGGCGCGAAGUGCGGCAGAACGUUCUGGAGAAAGGGAAUCAUGAGUUAGCGUGGCAAGGAAAAGGAACAUUCAAGUUGACUGUCCGGUUGCCUGAAGACCAGGGUGAAGCCUCAGGCUCUAAGGAGGAAUCCAAGACAAAAGAAGAUGCUGGGAAACCAGGUGAUUCGGGUACAACACAUUCUCCCAGCAGUGGAUCAGAAAAAACAGAAGAUGACCCAAAAGAGCGUGGAAGCAUUUCCUCCAUGGUGGCGUUUGAAAAUCUGCCCGAGAAGGUCUCAGAGAUGGUGCUGACCUUCCUGGUGGAGAAUAUAAGUGGCCUUCUCAGUGAUGACUUUAAGGUGGAAGUGAUCCGAGAUUUCGCUGUUGCCGUGGUUACCUUUCAGAAGCCUAUAGAUACCAAAAAAUUUAUUGUUGACUGUAUCAGCCACCGUGCAAAUCAACAGCUCCAGCUCGUCCCGAGACUUCUGGAACCCACAAAUGUAGUCAGGGUGGAAAACCUGCCUCCUGGGGUGGAUGAUUACCAGCUGCAACUCUUCUUCGAAAACCCUUUCAACGGGGGCGGAAAGGUCGCCCGAGUUGAAUGUUUCCCGGAAGAGAGUUCGGCUCUGGUUGAGUUUUGUGACAUCAAAGUAUUAGACACUAUAAUGGCCAAGACACACAGUUACAACAAGAUGCCACUGUCCGUCUUCCGCUAUUAUCCCUCUCUGGGCACAGCCUUGUAUGGUGAGGAGAAGCCUUUAGUCAAGCUUCCAGCACCGUUCCAGGAGUCUCUGGAGCUUCCUCUGUGGAAGUUCUUUCAGAAAAAUAAUCAUCUGAUUGAGGAGAUAAAUAAUGAAAUGAGGCGUUAUUACUGUGAGCUGACAUGGUCUGAAGACAAUGGUAAACUGACCAUCAGACCCACUGCAACCUUAGCCAGUCAUAGACGGAGCAUCAAGACCUGGCAGAGAGACGCAUCCGCAGCGUUCUGUGGCAUCAAGUCUAAAUAUGAAGUGAAGUUGUUUGAAGUGUGCUCGCCAGUGUGGGACCUCAUAAAGCAUGAGCUUGAGUCAGGAGAUGACAGGGUUUUGAUUGAGUUUGAAAAGGAGAGUCUACAUGUAGCAGGAAAAUCAGAAGACGUGCAAGGCAUUAGCCAGCAAAUCAGGGAACUAAUAGAGAGCACCACUGAAAGGCUCAGAAGGGAAGAGCAGAGUCUGAAGGAGAGAGUGACCAUUUCCCCGGGAAAGCAUUUUCUUUUGCACCACAGUGGCUUCCUGAAUGAUCUAAGCAAAGAGUUCCCAGAGAUGGAGAUCUCUUAUGAUGCCACAACUCAGUUCCUGUGCCUUAAAGGCUUCCGUGCAGAUGUGUACAAAGUAAAGUGUGACAUCCAAGAAAAGGUGUUUUCCAUGGCUCAGAAAGCUGUUCAGGUUUCUUCAGAAGUCUUUGCAUUUCUGCAGCAAGUAGACAGUGAGAGAUUCUCCAAGACUCUUUUCGAGAACAUUCUUGCCACAUAUGAGCUGAGAGGUACAGCCCUUUUCUUGAUUGGAAGUUCUUCCAAUGAUCUGGCAGACGCCGAGGAAAAAAUGCUCAGUGCUUUAAGUCAUAAGCACAUUGAAGUUGAGGACAAGGAGGUUCUGAAAGGCAAUGUCUGGAAGAAUAAAGUUAAACCUCUGCAAAAGAAACACAAAUCUUGUGCCACCAUUAUGGUCAAGAAUGAACUGAGUUCGGGAACCCCGGCUGAGGUCAUUGUUGCAGGCUGUGUGAAAGAAGUGAAUGAAAUCUACAGGCAGCUUUUUGGGGUUUUGGAAACCAAUAUGAAAGUUGAAAGAGUGGUUAAAAUCGAACCAUCCUUGAUUAUUGACUAUUUAAAGACAGACAAGAGGCUAUCAUCGAAGAAGGGAAACAUGCAUGUGAAUUUUAAGCCCACAGGUAAUCCAAACAGCAUUUUGCUAACUGGCUCCAAGAGCAAAGUUCUAGAGUGCAUGAAUAUAGUGAAGGAAAUCCAGGAUUCAGUCUGUGUCAAAAGAUUCCAGACAGACAAAGCUGGUGCCAGGCACUUCUUCCUGGAUAAAGAAUCGUAUUACAAGACGGAGGUCAGACGUCUGUAUGGAUGCAUCAUUGAACUGGAGGAUAGAGAGGAAGACAGGGAAGAUAGCAUUAAGGAGCAGAAGUGCCUCUUAGAGAGGGACAUAGUCCCCGGAGUCAAACUGCUUGUCCACGAGGGGGACCUGACUCGGUUUCCAGUCGAUGUGGUAGUGAAUGCAUCAAACGAGUCCCUGAGGCACAUCAACGGCCUCGCACAGUCUCUCUCAGAGGCAGCUGGCCCCGAACUCCAAGAAGAAUGUGACCGGAUAAUCAAGGAUGGCGGCAUGGUCCUACCUGGCAAUGCUGUUAUCACAAAAGCAGGCAAGCUCCCUUGUCGUCAUGUCAUCCACGCGGUAGGGCCUCGAUGGAAGGGAGAUAAGGUCCUGGAGUGCGUGAGCCUGCUGAAGAAAGUUGUGAAACAAAGUCUCACUUUAGCUCAAGAGCACAGGUGCCAGUCCAUAGCCAUACCGGCAAUCAGCUCUGGGAUCUUUGAUUUCCCCUUAGAACUGUGUGUGGCGACCAUUGUUUCAGCCAUCAAGGACAACUUCCAUCAUAAGCAAGACAGACACACCGUGAAAAAGAUUUACCUGGUGGACCUAUCUGCAAAGGUUUCCGGGGCCUUCGUUGAAGCUGUCAAGACUACAUAUAAAGACCCUCUUUCCCACACAGCUUCCCCACCCAGUUUACCCAGUGUAAAACCAUUAGUACUACCUAGGAAACCGCCCCAGAAACAGCGCAAACUGCUGGUGUCACCAGAAGGCCUGAGAAUCUGCCUGAUAGAAGAAGGUGUGCAGAAUGCUAAGACCCAUGCCAUUGUGAACUCUAUUUCCUCGGAUCUUAUACUCAAAAGAGGACCCCUUUCUCAUGCCGUCUUGGAAAAGGCUGGACCAGAACUCCAGGAGGAAUUGACCAAGGCGGGACAAGGGGUCUCCAUCAGUGUGGGUACAAUUCUUCAAACCAGUGGCUGCAAUCUGAACAGCCGCCACAUCUUCCAUGUGGUGACUCCACAUUGGAAAAAGGACAACAGUGCGUGGUCACUAAAGAUCAUGAAACACAUCAUCCGUGACUGUCUGAGGACCACCGAGGACCUGUCUCUACAAUCGAUUGCAUUUCCAGCAUUAGGAACGGGAAAUUUGGGGUUUCCUAAACCUGAAUUUGCUAAAUUAGUAAUUUCAGAAGUGCUCAAAUUUAGUAGCAGGAACAAACUGAAAACUUUACAAGAGGUUCAGUUUCUGCUGCACCCAAAGGACCAUGAAAACAUCCAGGCAUUUUCAGACGAAUUUGACAAAAGGAGUAAUGGCAAUCCUAGUGACAAAAGUCCCAAGGCUGAAGACACACAAGGUAUCUAUGGGAGUCUUUCCAGCCCUACUUUAGGAGUACAUGAAAUGAAUAUUGGCCCAAUCCUCUUCCAAGUGGCCACUGGGAACAUCAUCAAAGAAGUGGCAGAUGUGAUUGUCAAUUCAACAGCACACCCGUUUAAUAUCAAAUCAGGGGUCUCCAAAGCAAUUUUGGAAGGUGCAGGACGAAAUGUGGAACAAGAAUGUUCUCAAUUGGCUCAACAGGGUAACCAUGAGUAUAUAGUCACUGGAGGUGGAUUAUUGAAGUGUAAGAAUAUUAUUCAUGUUGAUGGUGCGAAUGAUGUCAAGAAAUCAGUUUCUUGUAUUUUGGAAGAAUGUGAACAACGGAAUUACUCAUCCAUUUGCUUACCAGCUAUUGGCACAGGAAAUGCUCAACAGGACCCAAAUGUAGUAGCGAAAGCGGUACUAGAUGCCAUUGAAGAAUUUGUCCAGAAAAAAUCAGUGCAGGCCGUGAAGAGAGUUAAAGUUGUUAUCUUCCAGCCCCAUAUUCUGCAAUUUUUUUAUAACAACAUGAAAGAAAGAGAAGGCUCUCCAACUCCUCCCAAGCAGUCAGUGGUGUCUAAGAUUGCCUCCUUUCUUGGCUUUUCCAAGCCAGCUUCCCCCCAAAAGAAUACCCUGGUUUUGGAAAAGAAAAUAGAGGUCACAGUUUUCCAGGUAUGUGGUUCAGGUGUAGUUAGUGUGGACAACACAAUCUCCUGGCUAAAGAAUCUGAUUACCAAAGAGCAACUUUCCUACACCAAUAACGAUGAGUGUGUCAGAGACUUUGACAUCGAGGAGUACAAAAAACUGAAUGAGAUGCAGAAGAGGCUGAACAUCACCAUUGACCUGAACCAGAAGAUACCCUCGAUUGAAGUUUCGGGAAUUAGCAGGGAUGUGGUAGAAGCUAGAGAUGAGAUUGACAGCAUGAUCAAGAACAUUCGAUUGGCUAAGGAAAAGGAAAGCCAGGCAGACUAUGUCUCUACGUAUGUGGAAUGGCAAUAUAUUGAUAAUAACAUCACACAGUGUUUUGACAAAAUAGCCAACAUGCAGUUGGAGGAUGCGUGGAAAGCAAAGCAGAGGAAGACGGUUGUCAAAAUUCAUAAUCAGGAUUUCACGGUGGACCUGAGCACAAACACGGCCACGGCUCCCCAAGGACAGAGCUUCACUGUUCAGCGUCUGGUCAAAGCUGAAGCUGAAAUCCCUGCCAAUUGGAGUGACAUGAAGCAGAAAAAAUUGCUUGUGGUGAGUCUGCAAACCAGCGAUCCUGAAUACAACAUGGUGGAAAGUGCCUUCCGUCAUUCCUGCUCAAACUUUGUCAUAGAGAAGAUUGAAAGGAUUCAGAAUCCAGCUCUUUGGAGUAGAUACCAGGCAUACAAAAAAAUUAUGGAUGAAAAGAAUGGCAAUGUGAGAAAUGAGAAGCAGCUCUUCCAUGGAACGGAGGCUAGCUCUGUGCCACAGCUCAACAGUAAUGGAUUUAACCGCAGCUAUGCUGGGAAGAACGCUACGGCCUAUGGGAAAGGAACCUAUUUUGCUGUCAAUGCUGCAUAUUCUGCCAAUGACACAUAUUCCAAACCAGAUACCAAUGGGAGGAAGCAUAUGUACUAUGCGCGGGUUCUCACUGGAAACUACACAAAUGGAAAUCAUUCACUGAUUGUGCCUCCUUCAAGGGACCCUCAAAAUGUUACUGACUUGUACGACACUGUCACAGAUAAUGCCUUAAGUCCAAGUAUAUUUGUAGUGUUCUAUGAUAAUCAAGCAUACCCCGAGUAUCUUAUCACAUUUAGGCCGUAACGCUUUGGGGGUGCCUUUCGGAAGACACCGGUGUUAUAUCUGCUGUAGGAUGCAUUUUAGCUGUUUUCCUUCUUAAGCUUUCUAUAAGAGCACACACACAGUCUUUCUUUGCCAUGGACGUGUUUCCACAGCUGCUUCUCCAUAUUGAAAAUGAAUCCACUUGAGAACCAAUCACUUGAGAAUUUAAAACAGGUAACAGCUGUAACUGUGUUCACACAUAUGAACCUCAAAUCCGUGGAAAGAACAGACUUUUAUGUUCUGGAGGGACGGCAACACCUUUCUGCACUUUCAGAAAGCCCCACAGUCUCAGCUACUGCCAGUGGAACCGUGUCAGAGAGCCACUGUGCUGUGGGACACAGUACCUCUGAGCCAAUGAGGCUGCCAUCUUCCUUGCUGCCAACUGAACAGAAUCCAAGACAGAGAACUUGGUUCUUCACUAACAGAGCUGUGUCGUGUGGGUUGGGCUGCUCCAGCCAGGGUUAUGUACAAGCUGGGUGCUGGGAUGUGGCUCUGGGUCUGUGUGACUGAGCCCCCCAAGGAGAGGCACUGCUCAAGGCCUGGCUUCAAUUGCCCGUGGGCCCUUUUAAGGUUGACACCAAUAUUCGGGCUACCUAAGAAAGAAAUGGGAUGGUGCCUGCAACCUCUCCACCAGAAGCCUUUCUUCUACUGUGUGAAAACGAGAGUGAACUCUAAGGCUAUCGGCGUCUUCCCUGUGGCUGGCCAGCUUGUGAUAACUUGAAUGCUUUACGUGUAAGUCAUUUUGCUAACUUACUAAGUGUCUACUGGAUGGGGAUUAUUUCUUGUGGUGCCAGAGAUGACCCAGGGCCUCACACAAGCCAGGCAAGUACUCUACCACUGAACUACAUCCCCAGCCCUCUUCCUGUGUUGAAGCAGGAUUCCACUAAGUUGCCCUGGCAGGGUUUGAACUCAUUUAUCUUCCUGCACUGGCUACUUAUUGGAGGGGGAGGGGCAUCUGUGCUUAAGUUGUUUUUAAUUUCCUCCUGUACAUUUCAGACUCAAUGCCAUUUAUUGAGUGCCUGGACCUUAUUUAUCAGGUAGUGUAAGAGGUGUGUUCACAUACAUGAUUUUAUUCCCAUAAAAAGUGCACUGUAAGAAUGAAUUCAUUGUUUCAAGGCUUAGGAACAUGCUUAGGUACAAGAAAUGUCCUUGCCUGAGGUCACCAAGGCAGGAACCGCAGAGCCAGCCACCUGAGUCUUGGUGUUGAGCCCUCACUAUACCCACCACAGAGCCUGGCCUUCACAUAAGCGUGUGCUGCUUUGAGAGUUAUCUCAAGAUGAUCUGUGAGGCUAACCCUGAUUUCCGUGGCUUUCUCCCUUCUGGAAUUGGUGGCCACUCGCCCCUCUAUUGGGCAUUUUCUAGGCCAUGGAGCUAGUGCUGUGUAAUGUUCCCAGUUUGGGUGUUGGGGAAAUUUAGGUGCAGGUUCCUACCAUAGGUACCCCCAGUGGAGUUCAGGCAGAGAGAGGGGCCCCAUCGUUGUUUCAUCGACACUGAGGCUGCUGUGUCUUAAGUGGACUGGUAGACACUGUGGCUUGGGAGGUGGCUUCCUCAGUACUGGCACCAAGGAUGGCCUGAAGAGAGGGAGGCUUGUUUCCAUUUGCUUUUGUUCUCCAGUGGUUUGUUAACUCAAGGCAAGGCUGAAUAGUAGUGGGAUGUUACACUGAAGGGUAAAGACCCAGGCAACAAAUGUUACAGUCACUUUCAAAGGAAACAUGUCAUUGCCAUUUUCUUCACUUCCUAGUAAAGUUACAUAAUUACACAA